AUGGCUGUCGCUGCCGCCUCUGCGGCGCUGGCUCACGGCGAGCCGAACACGGCGGAGGCGGAAGCCUUGCGCCAGAUCGGCGCAAUGGAGGCGCUGCUAGCGCGCGCGGACGAACAUAUCACAUCCAUCGCCGCCUGCGGCACUCGCGGGGGGCCCACGCGCGCGCAGCUCCCCGCGCUGACGGCGGGCGCGCAGAACGCGCUGGCGGCGCUUGGGGGCGUGGAGCGGGAGUUGCGGUCGCUGGCGGAAGAGAUGGCGGAGGGCAACGAGUGCGCGGUUGGGGCCCGCGAGGAGGGCGGCGGAGGCGGAAGCGAAAGCUUUGCGCAGAGCAACUCACGUGGGGGUCUGUGGCAGCUGCUCAAGGCGCAUGUGCAGACGCUGGUCCCCGUGUGGCAGCAGGUGCAGGCGGCCCUGCAGCAGCUGCACCAGGCGCAUCCAGUAUCAGCAGCACAGAUGGCAGCAGCAGCUGAGGAGGUCACUUCCACGCUCCGACGAACACGACACGUCAUGGAACAGCUCCUUUGGAUGGGCGCUGGUCUCCCAUCUACCCACGGCAUCGUGCAUCCCUCCCUCCAUUCUCCUCAUGCCAUCCCUCCCUCCAUUCUCCUCAUGCCAUCCCUCCCUCCCUUCUCCUCAUGCCAUCCCUCCCUCCAUUCUCCUCAUGCCAUCCCUCCCUCCAUUCUCCUCAUGGCAUCCCUCCCUCCAUUCUCCUCAUGCCAUCCCUCCCUCCAUUCUCCUCAUGCCAUCCCUCCCUCCAUUCUCCUCAUGCCAUCCCUCCCUCCAUUCUCCUCAUGGCAUCCCUCCCUCCAUUCUCCUCAUGGCAUCCCUCCCUCCAUUCUCCUCAUGCCAUCCCUCCCUCCAUUCUCCUCAUGGCAUCCCUCCCUCCAUUCUCCUCAUGGCAUCCCUCCCUCCAUUCUUCUCAUGGCAUCCCUCCCUCCAUUCUUCUCAUGGCAUCCCUCCCUCCAUUCUUCUCAUGGCAUCCCUCCCUCCAUUCUUCUCAUGGCAUCCCUCUCCCUCCAUUCUUCUCAUGGCAUCCCUCUCCCUCCAUUCUUCUCAUGGCAUCCCUCUCCCUCCAUUCUUCUCAUGGCAUCCCUCCCUCCAUUCUUCUCAUGGCAUCCCUCUCCCUCCAUUCUUCUCAUGGCAUCCCUCCCUCCAUUCUUCUCAUGGCAUCCCUCUCCCUCCAUUCUUCUCAUGGCAUCCCUCUCCCUCCAUUCUUCUCAUGGCAUCCCUCCCUCCAUUCUCCUCAUGGCAUCCCUCCCUCCAUUCUCCUCAUGGCAUCCCUCCCUCCAUUCUUCUCAUGGCAUCCCUCUCCCUCCAUUCUUCUCAUGGCAUCCCUCCCUCCAUUCUUCUCAUGGCAUCCCUCCCUCCAUUCUUCUCAUGGCAUCCCUCCCUCCAUUCUCCUCAUGGCAUCCCUCUCCCUCCAUUCUUCUCAUGGCAUCCCUCCCUCCAUUCUUCUCAUGGCAUCCCUCUCCCUCCAUUCUUCUGAUGGCAUCCCUCUCCCUCCAUUCUUCUGAUGGCAUCCCUCUCCCUCCAUUCUUCUGA